AUGAAAUAUAAUGAGAACAUUGAUACAAAAAAUAUGGAUAACACAACAGCAUUAUCGGCAACCUGCCUUAAUGGUCACACUGAGGUUGCUCAACUGUUAUUAGACAACAAAGCAGAUAUCAACAGUAGAGAUACUUAUGGACAAACUGCUUUACAUUCAGCCUGUCAAAAUGGACACGCAGAAACCGUAAAAAUAUUGAUGAAAUCCGGUAUGAAUGUCAAUCAGAAAGAUAAAAAUGGUAGAACACCACUGUAUUUUGCGUCUUGCAAAGGAUAUUUAGAGAUAGUAAAGUUAUUGAUUGACGUUGGUAUGAAUCUUAAUGAUACAACACAAAGCAAUUCUACACCACUACACAAGGCUUGUCAGGAUGGACGUUAUGAAACAGUGAAAUUCUUACUUGACUUAAACUGCCAAGUAUUAAAUAGUCGUGUCGAUACUACCAUAAAAAACAUUUGCGGAGAGUCAGGGUUACAUUUAGCGUCAGGAAACGGACAUAUAGAGGUAGUAAAGUUAUUAGUCUAUGUGGGUAUGAAUCUUAAUGACACAACAAAUGCAGGUUCUACGCCACUUUAUAAGGCUUGUCGGAAAGGUCAGUUUGACAUAGUGAAAUACUUACUUGAUUUAAACGGCAAAACAUUAAAUAGUCGUGUUGAAACUACCAUUAAAGAUAAAGAUGGAUUGUCAGUUUUACAUACAGCAUGUUUCAAAGGACAUUUAGAGAUAGUAAAGUUAUUGAUUGACGUUGGUAUGAAUCUUAAUGAUACAACAAAAAUCAAUUCUACACCACUAUACAUGGCUUGUCAGAAUGGUCAUAAUGAAACAGUGAAAUUCUUACUUGAUUUAAACGGCAAAACAUUAAGUAGUCGUGUUGAUACUACCAUUAAACAGAAAGAGGGAUGGUCAGUUUUACAUAUAGCAUGUUUAAAUGGACAUAUAGAGGUAGUAAAGUUAUUGAUUGGCGUUGGUAUGAAUCUUAAUGAUACAACAACAAUCAAUUUUACACCCCUACACAUGGCUUGUCAGAAUGGUCAUUAUGAAACAGUGAAAUACUUACUUGAUUUAAACGACAAAACAUUAAAUAGUCGUGUUGAUACUACCAUUAAACAGAAAGAUGGAUGGUCAGUUUUACAUAUGGCAUGUUUAAACGGACAUUUAGAAGUAGUAAAGUUAUUGAUUGACGUUGGUAUGAAUCUUAAUGAUACAACAAAUGUAGGUUCUACACCACUUUAUCUGGCUUGUCGGAAUGGUCAUUAUGAAACAGUGAAAUACUUACUUGAUUUAAACGGCAAAACAUUAAGUAGUCGUGUUGAUACUACCAUUAAACAGAAAGAGGGAUGGUCAGUUUUACAUAUGGCAUGUUUAAACGGACAUUUAGAAGUAGUAAAGUUAUUGAUUGACGUUGGUAUGAAUCUUAAUGAUACAACAAAUGUAGGUUCUACACCACUUUAUCUGGCUUGUCGGAAUGGUCAUUAUGAAACAGUGAAAUACUUACUUGAUUUAAACGGCAAAACAUUAAAUAGUCGUGUUGAUACUACCAUUAAACAGAAAGAUGGAUGGUCAGUUUUACAUAUGGCAUGUUUAAACGGACAUUUAGAAGUAGUAAAGUUAUUGAUUGACGUUGGUAUGAAUCUUAAUGAUACAACAAAUGCAGGUUCAACACCACUUUAUCUGGCUUGUCGGAAAGGUCAAUUUGACAUAGUGAAAUUUUUUCUUGAUUUAAACGGUCCAGAAAUAAAUAGUCGUGUCGAUACUACCAUAAAACACAAAGAUGGAUCGUCAGCAUUACAUCAAGCUUGUUUCAAUGGACAUGCUGAAAUACUAAAGUUAUUGAUUGAUAUCGGUAUGAAUAUUAAUGAAAGAGACAAUUAUUGA